AUGGAACGCACUCUCCACGGCGGCUGCGCCUGCGGCCGCAACCACUACACCGUCGAAGUGCCGCGGACGUCGGACCAACGCGCCCGCAUCCUCCUCGACAACAGCCGCAGCAACCGCCACCACCAAGGCACGCCCUUCACGGCCUUCCUGCGCGUGCCACUAAGCUGGUACCACAGCAGCGCGUCGCCCUUUUUUCCGGACGAGCCGCUGUCGCUGAUCCGGCGCACCUUCCACGAACCAGAACCAGAACCAGCGCCCGAGACGUCUACCACUGCCGCAUCGUCGACGACACCCUCGCAGCAGCAGCACCACCACCGCGCCGCUGCCUUGCGCCGCCAGUUCUGCGGCUAUUGCGGCACCCCGCUGAGUUCGUGGCAUGAGCGCACGCCCCAGGACGCCGACUUCAUCAGCCUGACGCUGGGCAGUCUGCGCGAGGACGACGUGCGCGGGCUCGAGGAGCUGGGGCUCUUUGGCGAGGACAACGAGGGCGAGGGUGGGAGCGAGAGCGAGAGCGCCGCCGACGAGCGGGCGGCCUUGUUUGCGCCGCUGCAGGUUACGCCCACCCGCGGGGCGCCGUGGUUCGAGAGCUUGGUCGAGGACAGCCGGCUCGGGCGCAUCAAGCACAGCCGUGGCGGAUACAGGUCCAAGGACGGGAGCGUGCGCGAGGAAUGGGAGGUUGUGGAGUGGGGCGCCGGCGAAGGCGAGGAUGGCGGCUCCUCCGAAAGCUCUUCCUCGACGGGGAAGCGGAAGAUUGCUGAGCUUGGCGGCGGCGACGAGAUGGAUAUCUAG